AUGAUACAGGCAUUUUCUCGUAUUCUCUGUUCAAAGGACGAAAUGGACUUGGAUGAACUGCUUGCUGCUAAACUAGUAUCUUUUCUCAUGGGCAAUUAUCAAGAAAUCCUAAACAUUUCUUCUGUGGAGGAGCAUGUUGUACAUCUCCAAAGAGUCCAAAUAAAAUAUUCUGGAGCUGACACUGAUGCAACUUUUCCUGCUCCAUCAUUUUGUCACCAAAUCAGCACAGAUGAAUUUGAAUCCCAACAGGCAAAUGGCUCUCAAGAACCACUGGCAGCUUUAUUGGAAGAAAUCACAAUGAAUAAAGAAAUAUCUGUCAAAGACAAGAAGAAACUCAAACAAUUUCAGAAAUCUUACCCUGAAGUGUGAUUACCUACUCCUCAAGCUGAAGCAGUGCUAUUUCCAGAAAAAAACAAACAGAAGCCACCAAUACUGAUGUGGGCCUUAAAAAUGCUGUUCCAACCAUUUCACAGUACCAGAAGCUUUCAGAUGUUGAUGGCUGGCAAUUCAUCAGCAAGCAGAAUCCAAGCAUAGUAUUGAUGGGUAUUCUGCAAAAGGAACAUGACCAGCAUGUAAUUACUCAAAAAACUACUGGAGUAGUAGUUCCUCUGCUGGCACAGUAGAAAAGAUCAAAAGGAGGAGG